CCACGUGACCAUGUUCCUGGAAAGUUCCUGGAAAUGCUUCUUUGUGUUUACGGGUGAUGUCGUUUACUCGGUGGCUGAAGGCGGGUGUGGAGUCACGGGUAACGGAGGGACGGGUUGACAUGCUCGGGGAGGCUUUUGGAGUGGUCGCGGCUCGCCGCAGUUCGGAAGCGACGGUCCUCACUGGGGUUGGAAAACACCGCCACUGACAGCUCGGUGCUUCAUCCUGCUGACCCGCCAUUCAGGGGCAGGGAGGUACCGACGAUAAAUGAAGUCACUCUGUCAGAUGUAACGUGAGGGCCAAACAGAUGAAAUAUGACUUGGACUUUUGCAAUGGGUCUGUUAAAUUGUCACCGCUGAAAUCAAGCUAACUGCUAGCCGCUCGAAAGCCGACUGUCAGAGCUGCAGACCCUUGUCCCUCAUCUGAGCUGUGAAGGUUGAUGACCAAUGACCUGCCAGUCGUCAGAUUCCACAGACGUCACAGUGAGCAACAGACAAGCUGAAGACAACUACAGUUCUGUGGAAUCUGAUGAAAGAUGCAUUUCUUUGGCCAUGAAAGAUCUGAAGAACACAGGCUGGUACUGGGGAAGCCUAACGGCAAAUGAGGCCAAAGAAAUCCUCCAGGACGCUGAAGAGGGCACCUUCCUGGUGCGAGACAGUUCCCAGCGUGAUUACCUUUACACCAUCUCAGCCAUGACAUCUGCAGGUCCCACCAACCUUCGUAUCGAGUACAAACAUGGUAAAUUCAAGCUGGACUCUGUGGUUCUAGUCAAGCCCAAGCUAAAGCAGUUUGACAGUGUGGUCCAUCUGGUGGAACACUAUGUUCACAUGUCAAGGACUAGUGAGAAGGGGGCUGCCAGCUCUCAGACCUCUGCAGCGCCAAAUGGUACUGUUCAACUGUUACUCACAAAACCUGUUUAUACCACCAUGCCGCUGUUGCAGCACCUCUGUCGCAUCGCCAUCAACCGGACCACCAGACGGGUUGAGGACCUGCCGUUGCCCAACAGACUGAAGGACUAUCUGACAGACUACAUCUAUGAUGUGUAGUAAUCCUUGAGGGUUAGAGUGUUAAAUCUCUUUGUGAUCUUGCCAGAAGAAGGCAAUUCUUUGGGUUUUCUCCAGCGGAAAGUCUCUGAAACAAGGAAAUGUAACGGAUUGUCUUCAGCUAUGAACUUGAGGAAUGUUGAUCCUUUGAAAUGAACCAGACAUCAUUUGUUGUGGUACAAAAUGAGUGAUGUGAUUGGAUAGUGCCUAAAGUAGGUGGAAAAUGUUGUUGAAUUUCAGCAAGUUCCUGACAUGCUGGUCACACAUACAUUUGUUCAACACAUAAUGGAUUACUCCAGUGGGUUUUUGUUUUCCAGUACAGUGUCACAGAACUGGCGUUUUGUAAAUUCUACAUCAACCCAGAGAGCUCCAACGGUCCUUUUCUAUAAAAGAACUAGAUAUACAAAGCAAAAUCAAUGCUAGAGAUGUGGGCUUCCAAAAAAAUGUCACAGAGAUGCAGUUGGAAGCGAAUUACAGUACUUCCUAGUGACAUGAUAAGAAAACAUUCACGCCAGACUGGUAUUCUCUGAAAAAAUGUCACACAAAUUCUGUCUGAAAUUUUAUAAAUGGUUUUCGAACUGUUCUUCACCACAUGACAAAUGACAAUAGUUGUAUUUCCCUCCAUUUUUAAAUUGAAGUUUACACUGAGGGAUUAAUAAAGGCCAUCUAAUCUCAUCUGUACAUGACCACUUUGGAAUGUCUAGUGUGCAAAGCCCUUAACACUUCAGAAAUCAUGCGAGCUCUGUUUUUCUUUUAAAAUUGAUGAUUUCUUCUAGUUUCUCAGGUUUCAUGCUGUGUCGGCUAAUUCAUCACUUUGACAUCCAGUUUGAAAUCUCAAGUCACUCAGCUUUGGCAUAUUUAUUUUUAGUUAGACACUGUUGCUUUUACACCAUGCUGCAAAGACGUUCUGCUCUGUGCUGUGAGAUGCUUUGACUGUAUUAAGUUUCAAAACAAGAAUAAGAUCAAUAAAAAAAUUGAAAUGUG